AUGUUGCAUGAAGCAAGGGCCAGGCAGCGGUUCUUCAGCGAUGUUCAGUAUCUGCGGGACAUGCAGCAUAAGGUGGACUCUGAGUAUCAGGCUUGUUUGCGACGACAGGAAUACAGACGAGACCCAAAUGAGAAGAAACGAGAUCAAUUUUGGAUGCAAGAGACAAGUUUUGAGAGAUCCCGGUUUUCUAGUGGGUCAUCUUCCAAACAGAGUUCUGGAGAGGAGGAUCCUCUAACUGAACCAAGAUCAUCUACCAAGAUAUCUGCAUUUAAGUGUGACUCCAAACUUCCAGCAAUUGACCAAACAUCAGUCAAGCAGAAACAUAAAAGUACCAUGACUGCAAGGAAAGCAGAGAAAGCGGACCCCAGCAAACCCUCUCCAGCAGAGUCAGAGCAGAUUUGGCGGAAUAAACUGGAAACAGACCUCGAAGGACCUUCUGGCUGGUGCUGGCUGGGGAAGAAAGUUUCCAUGGGCAGAAGCAUUGCUCCCUGUUUUGCAGACCAGGCACCAACGGCUUUAUCAAGGAAGAAGAGGCCAAACCUGAGGAGAUUUACAGUCAGCCCAGAAUCAUACAGCGCGAGAGCGUGUGGGGACAGGAGCAGACAGAAACCACAGCGGCCAGCAAAGGGGCUGGCUCCCGGGGGAGCAGAUCAAGUAGUUCAACAAGAAGGCCUGAUGUGUGACACUAAGCUGAAGAGGCCAACUCGAGGGAGAAGAAACUGGCUCCCAUUCUCACAGCCAAUGACGGAGAACCCCCCUGACAGAGCCAAGAAAGGAGACCUGAGUGCUCCUUCCCAGAGUGAGAUGCAUCCAGCUCUGCCCCAGGCCUGCCAAGGAACAAAGAGCUCUCUAGUAUUGAGUGAGUCCUCGGGGCCACCACUCACACCCAGCACCACAGGAGGGCCAAGGACGGCAUCACUGAGGUCCCAAGAUGAGGAUUUUUAUUCCCUUUUAUCAUUGAACAGCAGAACAGAAAGCAAUGACGCUGAAGAGGAAGCCGAUGUUGAAGAACGUCUGUGGGUUGGUAUGCACGCACCCCGUUCCCCUUCCAAUCACAAAAGAAGUAGAUUUGGGGGGACAUCGACCCCUCAGGCCGAAAAUAAACAUUUUGAAGAAAAUGCUGAAAAUGGUCGUUCUCUAAGAAGAAGUGCGCCCGGGCAGGGCUCAUUAAGAAUAAGCAGUGCAACAAAGCCAGCGACAGAGCGACAUUCUGUCAGACAAAGGUUGUCCCAAGACCCCGGGCUGCCUGAUGGGGCAUCUGCUAAAGAGGAGGACAGAGGUGGCAGUGAAAAUGCAAAAAAGAGCCCCCUUUCGUGGGACCCCCAAUCCGAACCCAGACAAGAGGAUGGUCUCAAUGCUGAAAAUGCAUGGAGUGACUGUAUUUCUAUGGAACAUAGGCCUGGCACCCAUGAUUCUGAAAGAGACCGGCAAGACUAUUUAAGCAGCUCUAGAUGUUCUCUUGACUACUUUUGUUCUGGCAGACCAACAUCUUCAGGAUCGUCAAUGAAUUCAUCUUAUAACCCUCCUGUAUCAUUCAUGCAUUCUGCUCUGAGAGAUGAUAGUCCCGUAGACUUGUCAAUGUCAUCGACUUCAAUUCACAGCUCAGACUCAGAGGGAAACUCAAGGUUUCAUGUUUGCCGACCACUGUCUCCCAUUAGAAAUAGAAAUGCACUUGCCAGUGCCGAAAAUCACAAUUAUUUCCCAGUAAACAGUGUACACGAAUUUGCUGUCAGGGGAAGAGCAGAAGAUAUUACUUUAACAAGCCAACCUCAGGGGGCUCUGUUAUAUACAGACCUCUUACUAAAUCCACGGGGCCGUUUGUCCUUAGUAGAUUCCUCCAACUAUUCUCCAUCAAGAAUGAACUCAGAAGUCCAUUUGCAUAUGUCUGGGUCAUUGCAAGAAAAUAUACCAUUUACUUUCUUUGCAGUGUCUGAUUUCCCAAAUCAAAAUGAUAGUGGGAACAGAAUGGCAGCCUCUGGCUUCACAGAUGAAAAGAUCAGUAAGAUAAAGGCAGACCCUGAGAAACUCAAGAAAUUGCAAGAAAGUCUCCUGGAGGAAGACUCCGAGGAGGAGGAAGACUUGUGUCGCAUCUGUCAGAUAGCCGGGGGUUCCCCGACCAACCCCCUCCUGGAGCCUUGUGGCUGUGUGGGAAGCCUGCAGUUUGUUCAUCAAGAGUGCCUGAAAAAGUGGCUGAAAGUGAAAAUAACAUCAGGAGCAGAUCUCGGUGCCGUGAAGACCUGUGAGAUGUGUAAGCAAGGCCUACUGGUUGACCUGGGUGACUUUAACAUGACUGAGUUCUACCAGAAGCACCAGCAAUCUCAGGCACAAAACGAGCUGGUGAAUACAGCCUUGUACCUGGUGCUGCUGCUUCACUUCUAUGAGCAGAGGUUUGCAGAACUCAUGAGGCUCAGCCACAGCCAGGCUGAAAGAGACAGGUUGUCAAGAAAUUACCCACAACCCAGAAUGGAAGAAAAUGAAAAUUCUGAGCUGGGAGACAAUGAAUGCGGCGUUUCUCAAAGCCGGGUCGUCUAG